CUGCGCAGCCGCAUCCCGAUCGCUGUCCGAGGCCCGCAGCCGAGAUGCGGGGCCUUUCCCGGAUCUAGAAAAAGGAUCCUGCAGCGCGGUGAGAACUAAAAGCCAUUUUCUUCCCGCGAAGAAUUUUUAACCGAGCAGUGAAAUGGGGGUAUGGACUUGAUUUGUCUUGUUCACAUCUGUACACCCAGUGGCAGAGCAGUGUCUGACACUUGCUAAGCAUUUAUUGCCUAAAUGAAGAAAGGAUGCAUGGGAAACAGAUGACAAAAAAGGAGAGGCGAGGAGGAUUAAGUGGAUUUACUGGAGGAAGAAAUGGCCAGUGGACGUUCACCGUGUUUCUACAUAGAAGAACUUAAUAGAUACCAACAAAGGAACAAUGCAGUACUUAGGUAUUGUGAACUGUCUAGGACAGGACCUCCACAUAACUCAAGGUUUACAUAUCAAGUUAUAAUAGAUGAAAAGAAAUUUCCAGAAGCUGAAGGUAGAUCAAAGAAGGAAGCCAAAAAUGCUGCAGCCAGAUUAGCUUUUGAAAUAAUUAACAAAGAACACAAGACAAUUAAUCCUUCAUCAACAAAUCGUUCAGAAGGACCGCCCAUCGAGAAUUACAUAGGCCGUGUUAAUACAAUUGCCCAGAAGAAUAACCUAUCUGUAAAUUAUGAAGAAUGUGAGUCGAGGGAAGAUGGGCCCGAAAGAUUUCAUUAUAAAUGCAAAAUUGGACAAAACGAAUAUGGUAUUGGUGUAGGUUCCACUAAACAGGAUGCAAAACAAUUGGCUGCUAAACUGGCUUAUGAUCAGAUACAAUCAGAAGGCCUAAUGAAAGCUGAUUCGCCAUCCUCCGGUUCUUUCCAUACUCUGCCUGGUGAUACCAAAAGCAGCUCUUCGGCAACAAGCACAUCACCUUCAGAAUCAACAUCUGAAGAUGGAUCUGAAAGAAACGAUGACAGUGACAGAGUAAACCGUUCUUUCCUAUCUCCAUUGAACCAUUUCAGAAAUAAUUCCAGGAAGGUGCAAAGAUUCUUGGCACCUACGUUUGACUCUCCUGUGAAAAAGGAAGAAAACCAAUAUAGUAUGGACCCCAGGUUUGUCAGCGAUUUUACAGAAGUAGAACCAAUUGGCUCAGGUGGAUUUGGCCAAGUUUUCAAAGCAAAACACAGAAUUGAUAAGAAGACGUAUGUUAUUAAACGUGUUAAAUAUGAUAGCGAGAAGGUAGAGCGUGAAGUGAAAGCUUUGGCAACACUUAAUCACGUAAAUAUUGUUCACUACCACAGUUGUUGGGAUGGCUAUGAUUAUGAUCCUGAGAAAAGCAUAAAUACUUCAAGAUCAAAGACUAGGUGCCUUUUCAUCCAAAUGGAAUACUGUGAUAAAGGGACAUUGGAGCAAUGGAUUGACAGUAGAAGAGGCAAGAAACCAAACAAACGUUUGGCUUUGGAAUUCUUUGAAAAAAUAACAGCAGGAGUGCACUAUAUACAUUCAAAUCAGUUAAUUCAUAGAGACCUUAAGCCAAGUAACAUAUUUUUAGUAGAUACAAACCAAAUAAAGAUUGGAGACUUUGGACUUGUAACAUCCCUGAAAAAUGAUAACAUGCGGACAACUGAAAAGGGAACUAAGCGAUACAUGAGCCCAGAACAGGAUUCUUCAGAAGACUAUGGAAAUGAAGUGGAUAUCUUUCCUUUGGGGCUAAUUCUUGCAGAACUUCUUUAUAUAUGUCCCACUUUUUCGGAAACAGUGAAGAUGUUUGACAAACUAAGAGCUGGCAUUUUCUUAGACGUAUUUGACAACAAAGAAAAAGAUCUUCUACAGAAAUUACUCUCAAAAGAACCCAAGAAACGACCUGACACAUCCGAAAUACUGAAGACUUUGAAGGAGUGGAAUAAUGUUACAGAGGAAAAGAAACGAAACACAUAUUAGAUGCUAAAAAAGUAUCCUGCUUCUGGCAUUUGAUCCUAUAACUGUCUAAAAUCUGCUAGGGAAUAUUGUUGACAUUCACCUUCUAUUUUCAUCUUCCCUUAAUUUCUUGCCACAUUUGCAGAAAGGUUUCCAUUUUUUUCUUAUUUCUAAAACAUUCUUACAUUUGACUUUUUCCUGGUUCAUCUCCUUAUUGUGAAGAUGGGGAAGAGAAAAAGAAAUCUCUCAAAUUUUCUUUUUCAAAUCAAUUAGUGGAUCAAUUAAUUAAUAAAUAUUUAUUAAAUGCCUACUGUUCCUAGGCCAAAAAAU